GGGUUAUGCUAAUGAGGGCGUGGCCUGGAAAGGGUGCCUGAGCCCUCUGAAGCUCUAGGAUCGACGGACCACAUGGCACCCUCUUUCUAUCACUAUCUGCCCGUGCCCAUGGAUGAGAUGGGGGAGAAGCAAGGAUGGGGCAGCCGCUGGCAGUGGCUGGGGGCCGCGAUCUUGAUGGUCCUGUUCGGGGUUACCUUAGUCAUCCUGACAAUCUACUUCGCCGUCAUAGCGAACAGCGAGGCCUGUAGGGACGGGCUGCGAGCGCAGGAAGAGUGCCGUAACACCACGCACCUGUUGCAGCGCCAGCUCACCCGCACCCAGGACAGUCUGCUGCAGGCUGAGACGCAGGCAAACUCCUGCAAUCUGACCGUGGUGACCCUUCAGGAUUCCCUGGAGAAGAAGGUGUCUCAAGCCCUGGAGCAGCAGGCCCGCAUCAAGGAGCUUGAGAAUGAAGUCACGAAGCUGAACCAGGAGCUGGAGAAUCUGAGGAUCCAAAAGGAGACUUCUAGCACAGUGCAGGUGAACUCUGGCAGCUCCAUGGUGGUCUCCAGCCUACUGGUGCUCAAAGUGUCACUGUUCCUGCUCUUUUGAGGACUCAGUAGUUGACAGGUCACAGUUGUUUGAAGUCACUGUGGGUCAUAGUGACUCUGGAGAGGUCCUGGCAGCCCAGGUGUUCCCUUGGGGUGCUCUGGCUGUCCCUGCCCUCUCCCCCUGCUGGCUGCUUUAGGACUGGGGAGUGGGGAGGGAGUUCUGCUUUAUUGCUUUUGCAGUUAUUGGGGAGGGGUCACAUAUUUCUGGUGUCUUUGAUGCUGGAAAAAUAAAGUAAUUUGGAAAGAAA